AUGUCGUCGACUCCAGGCGCUGUGGUGUUGGGGGAUUAUGUGAUUGAGCCGCAUAACAGAGGUGUUUAUGAUGAAGACGACGACGAUGAAGAUUCCAGCUCAGACGAUGAUGACAACAACGGCGUGUUGGAGCUGGAUUCGUGGCAAGGACAGAGCCAUCAUAUUCGGUUUAUCGAUAUGGAUCCGAGCGACUUCGCGUCGUCUUCUCGGUCAUCCCCUGCUUCUUCUCCAAGCCGUUCGAUUCGCCGUUUGCUGUUUCAAAGGAGCCAGAGAGGCGGCGAUAGAGGAGAAGUAUAA